AUGUCGUCGAUCAUUCCACUCGCGGUUAUCACUACGCUUCUCGUCGGAUUCCCGCAGACGUACGCACAGACCAAUAUCACGGCUAGUGCAUGUGCAGCUUCAUCUGUUUACUCGUCUUGCAAUCACGACGUUGCCGAUAAGUGGAGCUCCUGUUUAAGUGGGUGCACAGGUAAUGGGGAUUGCAGUGUGGACUGUGGUUGUACCGCCCAUCAAGAGUGUAUUCAUGCGAAUACCAACUCUUCAUCCAACAAUACUUCACAAUAUGUCCCAAUGCCGCCGAACCAAUCCCCUUCUGGCCCGCACCAGACGAUGCGGCUGGACGUUGUUCCUGUGAUCUCAGGCAAAGUGCUUCGAAACACACUUACAGCACGCAAAGAACAAGUCUCUUGUAUUUUGAAUGUUACCGAUGAGACAGUCAACAGUGUGACGAGUGACCUAGGCGAUCUAUCGAAUAUAGGCAAGAAUGUUGCCGAUAUCGCGACUACGGCUGUAGGAUGUGCAUGCUGUGGAGCGAGUGCUAGUAUUUCAGCUGCCUGGGAAGUCUGUCCGGACACAAUCCCAAUCCAAGCAGGCGCCGAUCUCUGGACCGUCUUUUUCACAUCCGAUUAUCCAAAUCUCUACACCUCAGUUACAGAUUUCAGCUGGAAUACAUGUGACAGUACACUGGGCUCAACAAACUGUCAAAACGUCGGAUUCGCAGAUCCAUCAGACAAGUUCUACAAGCCGGGUGAUUUCCCGUCAAACGGAACAUCCUCGCUAACUAAUGUCGGUGGAACGGUUAGUAUCCCGCCGAGUGGGACUGUGAUGUCUUGGUCUCAAGCUUCGACUACUUGGACUGUUACGGCUACUGGGUUUGAUGAGAAGGCUGUUGUGAGUCAAAGUGAAUAUAGUGCUACAGCUACGGCUACGUCGACGGGAUCUGGAUCUGAACCCGGAUCUGGUUUGGAGAGUACCUCAAGUUCUUCGACGGAUACCUCUAGUGGAGCUGUGGUAUUAAGACCGUUCGGAAUUUCCACUUUGCUUACUAGUGUUUUUGGGGUUGGUAUUUUGUUGUAG